GUGUCAUGGAAAGAAUUGGGCUUGGCCCGGAAGUCCUUCUACAGGAGAAUCCCAGACUCAUCUAUGCUAGGCUUACUGGGUUUGGCCAGACAGGAAAAUACGCCAAGUCUGCUGGUCAUGACAUCAAUUACUUGGCUUUAUCAGGUGUACUGUCAAAGCUGGGUAGAAAGAAUGAAAAUCCUUAUGCACCUUUAAACCUUCUGGCUGAUUUUGCUGGUGGAGGUGUCAUGUGUGCACUGGGCAUUGUUACAGCCCUUUUUGAACGUGCCAGAUCUGGCAGAGGGCAGGUCAUUGAUGCAAGUAUGGUAGAAGGAGUAGCAUACCUAAGUUCUUUCCUGUGGAAAUCACAAAAAAUGGGUCUUUGGAGCCAACCUCGAGGCGAAAACCUGCUAGAUGGCGGUGCACCUUUUUAUGAAGUCUACAGGACCUCUGAUGGAAAAUUCAUGGCUGUUGGUGCCAUUGAACCUAAAUUUUAUGACCAGUUAAUAAAAGGUCUUGGGCUAAAUUUGGAUGAACUCCCUGCUCAGAUGAGUUCACUUGACUGGCCCGAAAUGAAGAAAAAAUUUGCAUCCAUAUUUGCACAGAAGACACAGGCUGAGUGGUGCAGCAUAUUUGAUAGCACUGAUGCCUGUGUGACCCCUGUUUUAUCCUUCGAUGAUGCUGCUUCACAUCAGCAUAACAAAGAAAGAAGUUCUUUUAUAAAAAAUGAUCAGGGAGAGAUAAGUCCUAGACCCGCUCCUGUUCUAUCAAGGACACCUGCUGUUCCAUCAUGUAAAAGAGGUCCUUUUAUAGGAGAGCACACAGAGGAGAUACUUCUUGAAUAUGGGUUUACUAAACAAGAAAUUGCUAAACUUUAUUCUGAUAAAGCAAUAGAACUCAAGAACCUAAAAGCUAAUUUAUAAUGUCUGACUAUGCAUAUCAGAUAAAUCUCAGGCUGAUACUGUCAGCUUUUAUGCUUUAAAAUUUAACUAUAUGAAAAUAAAUGUUUGCAUAAUAUUGCUUUUAAAUAAUUAUUUUUUAAUUAUUGACAUUUAAAAUUAAUGACAUUUAAAAUUUAAAACAGUGGGACUUAUGUACUUGUGUAUCUGGAUGACCUGUUGUCUAGAGUGGUGCUAUAAUUGUGUUCUGAAGAUCUACACAAUUUACUUGGUAAGCGCCUGUGAGCUCUCAGAAUGUUUGUUUAAGUGUUGUAUCCUGUGGUUUGAAUAUUUUAAUUCUUGGUUACACCAUUGAUUUGUAAUACAUGCUGUAAUUACCUAAAAGCAAAUCUGUUAAUAAAAUA